AUGGGAAUGUUACCAUGGCUGGACCAGCCGGUCAUGCUGCACUCUAACCGCAACCCGGGGACGUGCACGAUGACUGCCGAGCAAUGUGCUUACAAGACUGCAUACUGGAGGUUUUGGUACCAAGCAGACCAUCGCUUCUCGUUGCCAACCGUGGCAUUUUUCAUGGUGGCCAUUGGCAUCUUCACGAUCGCCCACAUCUUGACCCUCAUCUUUCCAAAAAGUUUUCAAAAAAACCCACUCUGGUCACGUCUGGUUGCGUUGGCUCGAUUCCUGUCUUACAAAAGCUGGAGGAUAGCAGGAUGGAACACAAAUUCACUUGGUGUGAUCCUCCUCGGAGGUGCAGGUCUCGUCUACUUCCUGUCAAUGACUCUCGGACCAAAGCCUUAUUACUGGCCUAAUACCAAGGAGAUCAGCUAUGGUAGCUCUCCUCCUAUCGCUACCCGCACUGGCUUCUUGGCUCUUGCCUGUAUGCCAUUCUUGAUCGUCCUCGGUGCCAAGGCUAACCCGAUCACUGCGUUGACGGGGGUCUCUCACGAGAAGCUGAAUGUCUGGCACAACUGGGUUGCUUGGGCUAUGUUUGUUCUUGCCUUGAUCCACACCUUUCCUUUCAUUGUGGUGCAUAUUCGCAAGGGUGACAUUCGCGCGCAGUGGAAUGAUGGCGGUGUCUGGGUCACUGGAGUCGUUGCCAUCAUUGCGCAAGCUUGGCUGACGUUCAUGUCUAUCCCGUGGAUUCGCAAUCGCUACUACGAAUUCUUCAAAUCGACCCACCUCUUCAUGGCCCUCGUUUUCGUCAUCUUUUUCUUCUUCCACUGCGACUUCCGUAUGUCUUCAUGGGACUACUUUAUCGCCACCGCGGUGUUGUAUACUCUUUGUUGGCUAUACGCCCAGUGCAAGACCUACUUUGAGCACGGGAUUCGAAACAAAGCUCGACUUACCGCCGAAUCGAACGAUACCCUUCGCAUUACCAUUGAUACAACCAUGGAAUGGGGACCUGGACAACACAUCUUCCUUCGAUUCUUGACGUGUGGUGCGCACGCUCUUACCGCGCACCCGUUCACCAUCUGCUCUGUCCCCCAGCUCGGACGGAAGAACACACUGGUCUUCUAUGUCAAGGCACGUGGUGGAGUCACGGGUCGGCUUAUGGCCAUGGCUAGGAAGACCCCCAACGUGCAGGUCCCAGUUCUGAUGGACGGUCCGUACGGUGGCAUCCCAGCUGGAAAGCUGGAUGAUUUUGACAAGAAUCUCAUCAUUGGCGGAGGUGCUGGUGCGGGUCUGACAUUGUCCAUGGUGGAAGAUUUUGUUCGAUUUCCAAACACAGGCGAAAAGAGACAGUUGAAGGUCAUUGUUGCGACCCGUGAUCCUGGCAUGCGUGCUUGGUAUAUGCGUGCCUUGGAAAAUAUCGCCGAGCGGCAGUCCUGCGAAUCAGUUGUUUCGGGACUAUCAAUCCACAUUCACGAGACCUUUACUAUAAACGCUCGCUCGGAGACUGAGACUAAGGAACUGGAGGUCAAAAAUCAAAGUGUUGAGUCUCAGGAAUGCAAUCCACUUACAGCGGAGAUCUUUGGAAUUCAGGUUUACACUGGGCGCCCCGAUUUACCAGCAUCCAUGCGCCAGAUGGCAAGUCAAGAGGGUAUCUCUGUUGGCGUUGUCGUAUGUGGACCUUCGUCUAUGACUCACGAUGUUAAUCAUGCUGCUUCAGAAGUACAAAGCCAGAUUCUUGGGAGGAAGGCAGGCAUUGCUCGGGAGUUGUGGCUUCAUACCGAGAGCUUUUCUUAUUAA